AUGGCUCCCCUCAGUAAGAGCCGUUUAGUCCGUGUUGUGUUCGUCAUGUCCAAGACAAAGUCCAAGUCUGCCCCCAAGCAGGCUACAUCUGCAAAGGCCGAUGUCCUAAACAAGGUCAAGGGUGCUUCCAUCACCAAACCUGCUCAAACUGACAAGUCCAAGAGUAAGGAGAUCGCCAAGAAGGUUGCUGCCAAAGAGACCACAAAAGAUAAAAAGAACAAGAAGGUCCCUGUCAAGGAGCCCACACCCGAGUCAAGUUCUGAGGAGGAGGAAGAUUCCGACUCAUCCGACUCUGAAGAAUCUGACAGUGAGGAGGAAACUGCCGCCACCAAUGGCAAGGCCGUGACGGUCAAGGUUGCCAAAGCAGCCGACUCAGAAUCAGAGUCGAGUGACGAAUCUGCCUCAGAUUCCGAUUCUGAGGAAGAAGUUGCUGCGAAGCCCACCAAGACCUCCAAAGUCGCUCCCGCUCCCGCUGCCGACUCUGACGCCGACUCUGAUUCUGAUUCUGCUUCUGAUGCCGAGAGCUCCGACGACUCCGAGAGCGAUUCGGAGAAAGAAACCGCUGCUCCCAAGGCCAACGGCGCCAAAGCUGCCACUUCCGAUGACGCGAGUGACGAGAGUGACGACAGUGCUAGCAGCGAUGACUCGUCAGACAGUGACGAGGAAGAAGAUGAAGAGGUCGAGACCAAGGUCAAGUCCACCAAGCGCAAGGCUGAAGAAGAGGAGGUGCCUGCUGCGAAGAAAAGCAAGGUUGACGACUCGGCCGCAGGUGGUGUCCCCAACCUCUUUGUUGGCAACCUAUCAUGGAAUGUGGAUGAGGACUGGCUUCGUCAGGAAUUCGAGGAAUUUGGUGAACUCAGUGGAGUUCGACUGAUGACUGAUCGUGACUCGGGUCGUUCCAAGGGUUUUGGAUAUGUCGAAUUCGUCAACCCUGCUGAUGCCGCCAAGGCACAUGCUGCUAAGCAAGGAGCCGAACUCGAUGGCCGCGCCAUGAAUGUUGACUUCGCGAACCCCAAGCAAAGCAAUGGAGAAAGACAAGACAAUCGCCGCAAGAGUUAUGGUGACCAACUCGGCGAGCCAACCGACACUUUAUUCCUCGGCAACCUCUCGUUCGAGUGCACCAGCGAUGAUGUCACCAAUGCCUUCAGUCCUCAUGGUACCAUCAUGAGCGUUCGCCUACCCACCGACCGUGACACCGGAGCACCCAAGGGCUUUGGCUACGUGACCUUUUCUUCCGUUGAAGAAGCCAGUGCCGCAUUGGAAUCGAUGCAGGGAGGUUACAUCGCACGCCGAGCUGUUCGUCUUGAUUAUAGCCAACCUCGUCAAAACAACGGCGACUCCCCAGCUCGUGGAGGCUUCGGUGGACGAGGUGGUGGUGGCCGUGGCUUCGGCGGUGGUCGAGGCCGUGGAGGUGGCCGUGGAGGCUUUGGAGAUCGUGGCGGCCGUGGUGGCGGUCGUGGUGGUGGCAGAGGCGGCCGUGGCGGCAGCACCAACCGUGGUGGCUUUGGUGACUUCUCUGGCCGAAAGACGACCUUUUAA